AUGACCUCCUGGACGUUGGAACUCGCAGUGAAGAGUGUGCGAGAAGAUCAGUUGACCGAGAGACGUAAGUACAUCGGUGACAACAGUGUGACACAUUUUUACGGAUGUAUCGACAACUUCACACAGUAUCGCCUCCUCUGCAGCUUCGUGCUAAGUGAUCCCCCCCGACGACUUGCCAUGAUGAAGAAGACAAUGGUGUCACCAAGUGAAGGAUGUGAGGCAGCUCAAUUUCCCUACAUCUGCGGGGUGCUCCGAUGA